AUGAGCGGACAAGCAUCGAACCUGAGUGAUCUAUUCGAUGACCAUGACCACGAUCAUGAUCAUGGUACCGAGGAUUCGGAUGGAGUGGUUCUUGCUAAGGGUACCGCUAUGGCUGUAUUAUUCUGCGCUUCCAUGAUAUGCGGGCUGAUACCAUUGUUCUUGGCGAGGAAGUUAAGAUGGGUUUCCGCAGCUGAAGCCACCGAUAUGAAGUCCAAGAACAGAGUGAUUAUGAUACUCCUGUCUUUUGGAGGUGGUGUUCUAUUAUCUACAACCUUCCUUCAUGUUGUCCCAGAAGUUGAUGAAGGGAUCCAAUAUUUACAGGAGAAGGGUAAGAUUGGAGAAUUAGAUUUCUCUUUGGCGCAACUGCUCAUGUGCUGUGGUUUCUUCAUCAUGUACCUGGUUGAAGAGAUAGUACACAUGUACAUACACUAUCGGGAGAAGAAGAAUGGAAGGAAUGCUCCACUAGUACGGAAUCUUAGCGUCAGGAGGAGUAGAGCUAGUAGUGAGGGAAAGGAGAAUGGAGAUAAAAGUGUCACCACGUCCACCGCUGAUUUGAUAGAUCCAGCAUCAAUUAUAAAGGGAAAGGACAUUGAAAUAAAUGGUCAGGGUAUGCAUAGCCACAGCCACAGCCAUGGCCACGGCCACAGCCACAUGCCAGUGACGUCAUCUGAUGACGUCACAUCCGCGCUGCGUGGUCUCCUCAUUGUUCUGGCGCUCUCCAUCCACGAGCUGUUCGAAGGUCUCGCAGUGGGAUUGGAAUCCAGCACAGCCCACGUCUGGUACAUGCUGGGCGCGGUAUCUGCUCACAAGCUUGUUAUAGCUUUCUGUAUUGGAGUAGAAUUAAUAGCGACGCGAACAAAGACGUGGGUCGCCGUUAUAUAUAUCACCACUUUCGCCAUAGUAUCACCGUUCGGUAUUGGCAUGGGUUUGGUGUUAGUGGGUGGUGAUAGUGCUGCUGCGUCUGGUGUUUACUCUGUGGUGCUGCAAGGCCUGGCUUCUGGAACCCUACUCUAUGUUAUAUUCUUCGAAAUCUGGAAGAACGACAGAACUGGAAUACUACAGUACAUUGCUGCUAUAUUCGGCUUCGCGCUUAUGUUUGGAUUGAAACUUCUGACUGGUCAUUCACACAGUCACUCACACGAUGAGAUUCAGAGUCACAGUCACAGUCAUUCACACGACGUCGGACACGGUCACAGCCACAAUUAA